GGAAUAAGAGAAAUACUGCAGUCACCAUCCAGCUGCUCUCUCUCUCUCUUUCUCCCUCUCUCUCUUUCUCUUUCUCCUUCCCUCGGUUUACCCCAUGCUAACUAUAUCAUGAACCUGAUUGCUGCUUGUUGCUAAGGACAGUGCAGGGGAGCAGUGGACAAGGCAUUAUUUGGUUGUGAAGGUCAGCGUUCAUGGCGGAGGGGACCAGAAUCCAGGGGAGCAUCGGGAACUCAGAUCCAGAAGAGGACUCCCCCAACAUGAUGGUCUACAGGAAGAUCGAAGACAUCAUUACCAGGAUUCAGGAUGAGAAGACCGGCGGCCUGGCCAUCCGCACCGUGAAGAGUUUCCUGUCCAGGAUCCCAAGUGUGGUGUCAGGAGCAGAUAUCGUUCAAUGGCUGAUGAAGAAUCUGUCCAUCGAGGAUGCCGUGGAGGCUGUGCACCUGGGCAGCCUGGUGGCCGCGCUGGGCUACAUGUUCCCCAUCUCUGACCAUGUCCUCACGCUGAAGGACGACGGCACCUUGUACCGCUUUCAGGCUCCGUAUUUUUGGCCGUCUAACUGCUGGGAGCCUGAGAACACAGAUUAUGCUAUAUACUUGUGUAAACGCACCAUGCAGAAUAAAGCCAGACUGGAGCUAGCAGACUACGAGGCUGAGAACCUGGCCAGACUUCAGAGAGCCUUUGCCAGGAAGUGGGAGUUCAUCUUCCUGCAAGCAGAAGCGCAGGUCAAGAUCGACAGGAAGAAGGAUAAAGCAGAACGGAAGAUUCUGGACAGCCAGGAGAGGGCAUUCUGGGACGUCCAUCGACCUGUGCCAGGCUGUGUUAACACCACAGACAUGGACAUCCGCAAGUGCCGUCGAGAGAGGAAUCCACAAAGAGUCAAAAAGUCGGUGUACGGAGUGACGGACGAGGGCCAGACUCACAGCCCCGUCCACUUCCCCUUCCAGCCGACCAGGAAGCUCACCAAAGGCGACAUGGAGAAGGAGAUCACCUUCCUCAACACCCAGCUGGACAGACACUGCAUGAAGAUGUCCAAAGUGGCCGAGAGCCUCAUGAGCUACACAGAGCAGUUUGCAGAAUACGACGCCUUCGUGUCGUUGCCAGAGCCGUCCAACCCCUGGAUCAGCGACGAUGCUGCCUUCUGGGACCUGGAGGCCAGCCGGGAUCCCAACCAGCGCCGAGUGAAGAGGUGGGGCUUCUCUCUGGACGAGGCCCUGAAGGACCCGGCUGGGAGAGACCAGUUCCUCCGCUUCCUGGAGUCGGAGUUCAGCUCGGAGAACCUCAAGUUCUGGCUGGCGGUGCAGGAGCUGAAGCGGAGGCCGCUGCAGGAGGUGGCAGGGCGGGCCCAGGAGAUCUGGAAAGAGUUCCUGGAGGAGGGAGCGCCCAACUCCAUCAACCUGGACUCCCGGAGUUACGAGCUCACCAGCCACAACCUCAGAGACCCUGGCCGCUACAGCUUCGAGGAUGCUCAGGAGCACAUCUUCAAGCUGAUGAAAAGCGACAGCUACGCCCGCUUCCUGAGAUCCAGCAUCUACCAGGACCUGCUGCUGGGCCGGAAGAAGACACAGCCAGAGAGCGAGCAGGGCCGUCGCACCUCCCUGGAGAAGUUCACCCGCAGCGUGGGCAAGUCUCUGACGGGCAAGCGCCUCACGGGCCUGAUGCAGUCGUCCUGACACAGCGGGGGGCCCAGACCACCAUGCCCGGAGGGGGGACCACCAUGUUGGGACCAGGCUGGGGCCGGGGCUGGGGCCGGGGCUGGGGUUAAGGCCAGGAACGAGGCAAGGAUGAGGGUUAGGGGCAGGGCCGAGGCCAGGGUUAGGGGUUGGGCAUAGGCUGGGGUUAGGAUUAAAGCCGGAGAAGAGGUUAGGGCAGCUGCUGGGGCCAGUGCCGAGGCUGGGGUUAGGACCGGGCAAGGCCGAGGUUAGGACCGGGCAGGGCCGAGGCUGGGGUUAGGACCGGGCAAGGCCGAGGUUAGGACCGGGCAGGGCCGAGGCUGGGGUUAGGACCGGGCAAGGCCGAGGUUAGGACCGGGCAGGGCCGAGGCUGGGGUUAGGACCGGGCAAGGCCGAGGUUAGGACCGGGCAGGGCCGAGGCUGGGGUUAGGACCGGGCAAGGCCGAGGUUAGGACCGGGCAGGGCCGAGGCUGGGGUUAGGGCUGCUCUACAAGGCCUCAGCCUCUAACCUGGAGUCUGCAGCCUGACUGGCAGAGCUGGGGAUGAACCUGCCCAGCAACAGAGGACUGCAACAACCAGGGACAGCUCAACACACACACACACUCACAUUUGCACACAUACAUAAACACACACACUUACACACAAACACACACGCUGUUCAGUAGGAGCUCAGAAAAAUACUAACUGGACAACAUGAUCAACUGUCUCUGCCUCUCCAAAGGCAGCCAGCAAUAAGAACGGAACACACCUCACAUCAGUUUUUAUAUACCUUUAGGGUCAAUAUUAUACCCUUUUCUCAUGAAGCACAAAUUAUAAUCCACUUUACUAAUGUUCAGACAAAUCCUAAUCUUUUGGGAAUAUAACACGUGCCAUCUGAUGUGGAGGAAUACGCUUUAUGCUUUUGAAAGCAUAAGGGCUUAAUGUAGCGUCGACAAGAGAUCAUUGCAUGCUUCAUCAAGAUUUGUUUUGCUGACGAUUUAUCGUAAUGAUUUUCUACGGUUGCAGUGGUGGGAUAUACCGUCACGAGGUGCGCUGUCAGUCAACAAGGGGUGCGUGCGAAACUGUAAGAACGAUGACGGUGUCCGGACAGUUUCUGGAAUCAACCUGAUUUCAGGUUACGCUGGGUUUUUCGGCACCUUGCUGAGGAGAUACAUCGUAAUAACCGACUCAAACAGCGACGGUCACCUCAUACAGACCUUAUCAUAACAUUGCCACAGUGCCAUCUAGUGUCUAGUAAUGCCAUGUACAACCCCUGUGGACCAAGGCCAACACAGGACUAAUUAUUUAAAUGAUGUCAAAUUCUGCCCUUCUCUACCACCGGGAAGGGAUUACAAGCCUUCAUCACAGCCUUGUGUAUAUUUAGUUAAAGUGUUCAUGUUGCAUGACUGACGUCGUCCAUCAGGCCAUACCAUGCAUCGUCUCAUCUAAACCCAGCACCAUCGUUAUGGGGUUAAUGACUUCUGCUUCACUCUUCCUCUCCUGUCUGACGGACUGGCGGCUGAAGAGGACGUGUGUCCCACAGCUCCCCCAAGUGACGAAGGGAGCAACUGUCAGAAACACCAGGGAGAGAUAGCUCAACAAUUUCUUUUCUAUUUUAGUAACAGCAAUGCAUUGUACAGUUGGUAUUCAUAUGAUUAUUAUAAACAGGUGAGCUCAUGAUUAUUAGGUAGAGAUUUUAUUGCGUCAGUGUGGAAGAGUAUUGACUGCACAAACACAUGGAGACAAUGUACAGUGCAUUAUACGCCAGUUGGCUCUAUAGGUUUCAGUUAUCUAAAAAGCACAUUCUAGUAUGGGCACAUUAUUACUAUGCAUGUAACAUAUCCAUGGCAUUUACUCAGUGCUUUUAGUUUAUCAAUCAGCCGGAUGACUUCUAGCACUCCAAGACCCACGCGCCUGAUACCAUCUGAUUGGCACCAAAUAAAACCUUUGGACCUCUUGUCUACUUCACUGCGUCUGUCCUUCACUGCGUCUGUCCCUCUCUGGGUUGUUGUUCCGGGUUUGUUCUGGUCAGAAACAAGAUCAAUGUGUCACAUCCUAACAAAUGAACCAUGGUUUCUC